AUGGGUUCCAACAGUGACGAGCUUCUGCAGCGGAUCUAUGAUAAGUUGGUUAAGCUUCAGGAGACGCUCAAUCAGCGAGACAUCAUCCGUGAGCAACGCAGACACACUGUAGCUUCCGCAGCAUCAAGAGACAAGGCUAGAAGAGCCAAAACUGAAGGAAAGCAUCAACGAACCUGUGGGGCAUUUUGUCGAACACUUGGGAAUGGGAAGAUAGAAAGAGCGCAUCUCAAGCGGAAAAUAGUGAUGGUAGAUACAGGAUGGAAAACAGAUCAGAGAGGAGGACACGUGAAGCUAAAUGGAAGUGAAGCUAUCAUGAACAGCGAUAAGUAUGGAUUUGGGAAGGUCACUGUCCAGGAUCGUAGAACUGAAAGGCUCCCUGUAAAUCCAAGACAUUAUGGUUCAGAAAAUGGGGGUGUGAGAGAGUCACUGGUUCGUGGGGCUGAUGGAGAACCGAUAAAUAGAAGGUCACAAGCUGUUUUGUAUGAUGAACAUGAUAGAAGGAGGUAUCAUGAGACUGAACAUGGUGGAGCUCACAAGAGAGAAAGCUUAAUUGGAGUUGGCAGAGAAACAAGGUUGUCACACAGUUCAGCUGCAGAGCUAGAGUAUUGGCUGGAAUGUUUUGAGAGACAUUGUUCUGCAAACCACAUUGCAGCGAGUGAGAAGAUACAGGUAGCCUAUCAUAAUCUACAGGGACCAGCGGGAAGUAGGAUUAAGGAGCUUUGGGACAGGAAGGCUCCACGCACUUGGGAGGAAUUUAAGAGUUUGAUUUUCCAGAAACCAGAACCAAGAGACAUUGAAGGGGGCUAUAGAGAUACUAGAGAAAGAGCAGCGCCAAACUGGUACCAAGGAAUUCGCCAAGAGAGUUCGGUGAGAGAGUAUAGGAACCGUUUUGAAGCUCUUUGCCUCAACACAAGUCAUCUUCCUGGUAGGCAUUGGGAGGAUAUCUUCUUACUCGGCCUGAAGCCACAGCUACGAAAUGCCGUUAAGCAAUUUCAACCUAAGGAAAUUAUACAAAUGAUGGAUUUAGCUCAGUGGCUAGAAGAGGAUGCUGAAAUCAGAAGUCAAGCUAGUACAAGGGAGCAAGGGAAUAACCCACGAGAAUUCAUGAAAAUGAAGUUGGUCGACCAAGUGGGGAUACAAGGAAAAGAUACUAGCUGUCCAUUUGAUGAAAGCUCACUUCGAUUCCAAGGAUUUCUGGGAAAUCAUGAGGUUAGCAUUGAAAUAGACUCUGGAGCUACUCACAACUUCUUGUCUAUGGAUCUGGCAUCAAAACUCAGUCUUCACAACAAGGUAACAAAGUAUCAAGCUCGAUACUCAAGCAAAGCAUGGAAGUGA